GAUUCUCGCGUGCGUCACGUGCCUGUGUUUUGUAUCUGCGCGUGUUUGGGGGCGCGGGGAAGGAAAGGCUCGCUCUCCUCACGCGGAGGGCGCUUCAGGCUGGAAGGGAGGAGAAGCAACGGCGAACCACCAACAUGCCCCUGACCAGAGACUUAAUUCACCCAUCCCUAGAGGAGGAAAAGAGAAAACACAAAAAGAAACGUCUGGUCCAGAGUCCAAAUUCCUACUUCAUGGAUGUCAAGUGUCCAGGAUGCUACAAGAUCACCACGGUGUUCAGCCAUGCUCAGAUAGUGGUGCCCUGUGUAGGAUGCUCGACUGUCUUGUGUCAACCAACAGGAGGCAAAGCCAGACUCACAGAAGGUUGCUCAUUUAGAAGAAAGCAACACUGAAGAAUUCCUGUGCUGCUGUAAAUGAUACCACUGGAAGCCUUAUGUUUGACAGUGCUGGUUAAUCUAGCAAGUUAAUUAUGUCUAGCUGUGGGGUGGGGUUUUGUGCAGAUUUUGUGUAUAUGUUUAGAGGUAACCAAACUCUUAUUUUUAUAGCUUUUAUUAUACAAUGAACUUUGAAUGAAUAAGGCUGUUAAUUUGAAUGCAUUUAGCACAUUCUUCUUUGCAGUAACAACCGGCUGAUCACUAUGGUGAAGAAAUUCAAAUGCCAGUCUUAAAAAAACUUCAUAAGAAGGGAACUGUUUUUAUAUUUUAACCCUGCUGGUUUUGCAGCUAUAGGGCCUAGUCUUCUUGGAACUUCUGAUUUGCAAAUCUCCACUGAAAUGAAUAAAAGCUAUGCAAGAAGAAACAUAGCUUACUUGGGAAGGACUGUAGCUCCAUGGCUGAACAUCUGCUUUGCAUGCAGAAAUGCCCAGGUUCAAUACCCAGCACCCAUAGGUAGGGCCAGGAGAGACUCCUGCUUGAAACCCUGGAGAGCUGUUGUCAGUAAGUAUGGACAAUUUAUGUUAAUAUAAGAAAUUCUACUUACUUCCAGUUGCGGGUCCUCCGCCUCAAUCCCAAUUCUCAAACGAUUUGGGAUGUCCCUCCCCAUUUCAUGGCUGCAAAAGAUCAAGAUUAUAUAUUAAACUCCAUUGCUGUGCUCUGGUCUCUCCUUUCUUAUUUCCUAUAGAAAGAGAGCAUCAGUUCAGAAUCAGACCAAUACAGGGAAGAUAGGCCUAUGAAUGCUUCCACUCUUGCUGUGAAGCCAGCAGAGAGAGGUGUCACAAUGUGGCAUGGAGAUUAGGCCAAAGAAGCCACAGCAGAAGGAUUAUUACUGAGCCAAGUGGAACAAUGGUCUGACUCAAUAUAAGGCAGCUUCCUAGGUUCCUAUUGGUUUAUUGUUUUGGUAGUCUUGCCCAGGAAAAGUUCACAAAAGAUGCUGAUCCUAUUUCCUGGCUUGUCAACUAACCGCACAGCACUUGACAAAUGUUUUCAGAACCAGCUUGCGUCGUCGUAUGUCUCCCUGAUGAUACGAUGCAGUGCCCUUUUUAACUUUUCUGAUUUUUUUAAAUGGGGAGGCACUGUAGUUCAGUGUUAGAUCACAUACUUUGCAUGCGGACCGCAGGUGAAGGAAAAGAUUAUGGAGAGCUUCUCUGCCUGUCAGGGGAAGCAGCAGCGAGCUAGUUGGGUAAAUGGACUGACCUAGCAGACAGCAACUUCAAUUGUUCUUGUACUCAAAUUGAUUGUUCAGUUGGGAGAGCAUGGGACUCUUAAUCUCAGUUGUGGGUUUGAGCCCCAAGUUGGGCAAAAGAUUCCUGCAUUGGGGUCCCUUCCAACACUAUGAUUCUAUAAACUGUUUUCUGCCAUCUUGAUCUGCUGUUUAUAGCCUGUACUGGGUAGUCAGCAGAAUGACAUGCACUUCACUGGUUCUGGUCAGUAAAUAAUGACCCACAAUACUAAAAUCAGAAAUGCAAGUUGCUGCAAAGAGUAUUAAAUUGUGGAUUGGUGUUACGCCGGUUGCAUUUCUGACUGGGUUGAGUAUUUUAUCAGACAUUAAGAGAAUUCACUGCAGAUCACAUUUAAUCAUAAUUACUACUGCCUGUGUCUUAUUCCUUUCUUGGUAAUAUUCAAAACAUAAGUCUCAAAACCAUCAUUAGAGGUACACAGGCCUCCUUCCAAGUUGGAAGAGUCUCAGUUGAUCAGUUGUUGUCUCUUUCCUCAACUAAAGCUGUGUUUUGUGCUUUUUAUGAAUUUGUCUGCAUUAGAAUCAAUAAACUGCUUGAUAUGAGA